UGCCAUUUAAUCUGCGCCAUGCGUUACCUAUUUUGGACUUCUAUGAAGCCUUUGGAAAUUACCAACCUUCGCUGUAAAGAUAAGUUAUCUGUUAGCUGUGUAGCUCUGGUUAGCUAACCAGUUCGAUACACGUAAAACACAAAUACAUGCCCGGCUAUGCUAAUCAUAAUAACGCUGGCUAGCUGUUGCUAACCGCUAGCCCGGAGUUUGAGAUGCACCCAGCUAACAUGCUAGCGACCGUCGUCGAUACACUUUGCUAACUCCUGCAUCAACAAAUGUCUGCUAAAUUGCUAAUUCUCAAUGACAAAAGCUAAAGAAGAAAAUCCUCAAGCUAACACCCAGCAAAAUAUGUGCUAUUUAUGUGAAGUUUGAACUGCUAACUAAUGUUGGUAGAUGUCCUAAAACAUGCUAGCUAAUGUUACUGACAUAAUGUGCUAAUUCCUGCUUCUACAGAUGUCUGCUAAAUUGCAAAUAUAUGAAUUUUAAAAUCUGAACUGUUUUCAUUUUGUAAGACCAGGUACCUUUUUAAAGAAGCGCAAAGAUGGAUGCCUUUUCUUCAUUCUUAAGACAGACGCCCACCAUAAAGACGAACACUGGGACCAGAUUACUCUGCGAGGCCUGUAACACAAACAUCAAGAAGUUAACCACUGGAAAACAUGAAAAAAUUUCAAAGGAAAAGCAAAACGCGUAACAUGCUAAUGGUGAAAGGGGACAAACGCUACAAAGACUGUAACUGAAUAAGACCUCACACUUAUUAUGGUGUCGUAACUUUUUAAUAUUCGACCGUUCUGCUCUAUUUAUCUACCUAGCACAAACGUCACAUGACAUUAGCCAACAUCCAAGUCCCAUAAUGAUUUGCUGUUGCUCCUCCUCCCAAGUCCUGAAGCAGCAAAACAGCCCCAGACCAUCACACUGCCACCACUAUAUUUUACUGUCGCUAUGUUCUUUUGAUGAAAGGUCUUGGCGAUUUUCAAGAUAUUUUCUGGCAAAAUUGAGACAAGCCUUAAGGGGGACCUUUUAUGCUCGUUUUGGGCACUUUGUAUUUGUAUUGAGAAGUGGACUCUUAUAGAGCAGCUACACACAAUAACUCACACAGAAAGCUUUCUUCAUCUUCCAGAAUCUGAACCUAUUCCAGCUGUAUUUCCAAAAUAAAGAAGCCGGACAUGAGGGCUCUGCCUCGACCUUGCCUGCCCAAGGAGGUACACCGCUAGUGCCAUGGAGCUCAGGAGAACCAGAACAUGAUGGCGCCACGUUUACGAAGUGCAGACAAUCUUGGCACAACACCGGUAAUGGAAAUGUGGUGAUUUAGACAUUUUCUGCGGGACUACCCAUGUUCAAAAAGACUUGAGUGGACCCACCGAUUGUGGUCUUUUCUUCUCACUUUCUCACACAAUUUUAUCGCCAGAAAAUAAGAAUCACUAUACUCACCUCAGCCUUCUUUGGACAGCAACGAUUAAACGUUGCCUCCACUGCCAGGUCAUGUGACCACGGUGAGAAAAGCAGAAAAGAAAGACAGGAGGCGGUGUCACAUGAUCGAGACUUUACUGAUACGGCGGACCCUGUUUGUGUCAUGCGUAAGAAAAGACGCUGCUGAUGAUUGAAGCAUGCUCAGCAAGAACACAGUCUAUCUUGGUGGUGUUCCAUGCAGCGUGAUCCAAGCAGGGGACAAAGUCUCGGACCUCCACACUGGAAGCCCGUGAAGAAGAUUGGUGUCCCUUUGGCCACACCGGCUGCUUUGGACCGGGACCUGGUGUUGGGGGCAGGGCCUGAUUGCGACUGGGCGGCCGCUUCCUGCGAGGCACUGCGCCGCAUGGCCGUGGUGUUCCUGGGCGGCAGAACGGGGGCCGUCGGGGCUCGGACGGAGAGCAGCGGUCUGGACGGACCUGCUCUCUGGGGAGACGGGCUGUCAGUCCUGCAGUGGGUGGAGCUAAGGCUGCGACGGGUUCCAAAGAGGACUCUGAGGGGCAUCCGAGGGCUGCCGGUGUGGACUGGGACACCGGCCGGACGAGGACAUGAGGAUGAAGAUCUGGAUGUGACGGGUGUGGACUUGCGUUGAGUGCUGACAAAGCUGGGUCCGGUCUUGUGGUUCCUGAAGACAAGAAGAGGACAAUGAAGUUUGGUUAUUGUAGACAAGGACGAAACUACAGAAAAACCAAAAACCUGGAAUGUGACGACGCUGAUGUUCCUCCUUUGGUUUCAGAUGUCUCAGACGAGGCGAGAGGAGAGGGAACGGCGACAAGCUUCCCUGGAGGUCUUUUGACAGGCGUGACGGGCCUGGGGAUCCGGCUUCUGGACACGGUGGAGUCCUGCUCCUCUGCCGGUUUGAGACUGAAGCUCCUCCUGAACUCGUCCGAGGUAUGAGUGUCCUCCUCUGAGCCAGCGGUGGACAGAGUUUCUGAAGCCCUGCGACGUUCGUCAUCUCCAGAGGACAAUGAAGACGAGGUCCCGGACAAGAUUUUCCUCCUCAUCCAGCGACCCUGCUGCCUCUGGACCAGGACACGGGCCAAGUCCUGCUGUCUGGCUUGUCGCUGAAGACGAGCCCUUGCAGAAACCGAGGACGACUGCUCCGUGUCUUCUUCUGAGAUGAGCACGGGAAUUCUGCUCUUGAUCCUGGGCUUGAUUGCUGCAGGAGGUUCGGAGCCAGAUUCCUGGACCUUUGGUGUCUCCUCAUUGGACCAUGCUGGUUUCUGUUCAGGAGGCUCCGGUGAAAUGGCUUCUGGGACUGUCUCCAAAGACUGAGCUACGACAGCAGGACUGUUCUCAGUUUGGAGGGUUUUAUCCAAAGUGGACUCCAGCGAAGGCUGGUGUAUCUCUGGUGCUCCUCUUGAUUCGUGGGUGUCUCCCUCAGGGACGUCCCGCUCCGUCUCCCGGAUGGUGUGACCGUUGGAAGACAUGACAUUCAGAUGGGAAGUCUCUGCGAUGUGGAUAAAAGUGCGCUCUACUUUGGUAAAUGGGGGGGAUGCAGGGGCGAUGGGUGGAGAGGACCUCAUAUCCGCUCUGAAGGCCGGAGAUAACCGGCCCGUCUCUGAGGUUUCCACAUUGAUGCCAUCUCCACAAAGGAGGCGGUCUUGGCGGGGGGUCGGACCAGAAGGCGUAGCCAACUCGCCUUCCAGAACCUGGUCUCCACCAGACGGGGACUUUCGAGUGUCUCCGGGUGAAAAGAGGACCAGGGUUUUGGACGCGUCCUCCAGGUCCUGGUCCGCGUCAGCUGCCGAGACGUGUCCCCUGGACCCCCUCUGGUCCUCGGCCAUGAGCGUCGAGGGAGCGGCAUCCUGGCUCCGCUCAGAACUCUUUGGACUAGCCUCACUGUCGGACUCGCUCUUGGUCACAUCGUCGUCUUUCGGUCCUGGGGUUGCCGGGACUGCGUCCUCGUCCUCGCAAGCGGUGAAGCUGCGGCGCUGAGGCAACGUCCCUGUCAGCAUGACGGUCAGGAAGUCAGCCCGCUUGGCCUGCAGCUUCGGGAGGAUGUGCACGUGCUCCCGCUCGUCGCUCUCGGCCUUGGUGCGGUAGUCCGGCGAUGGCGGUGAUGGGGCGCUCCGGUCCGGGGGUGACGACACCUGCAAUGCCACACAAGAAGCACAGAGUUGGACACGAGGGACACAUCGGCGUGGACAGCUGCUUCGGUUUGAUGUCACGGUGCAGGAAGCCCACUGAGUGGAUGGCCUCAAUAGACUCCAGGAUCUGCUUGCCCAGUCUUAGCGUAGUACUCAUCGUGAAGGUCCCUCGAGGCUGACUCCGCCGAAGGUCGGCCAGGUUACGUCCCUGAAACCGGCUAUCGUCAUCAUCGUCAUUGUCGUCGUCGCGUCCUGUGCUCCAUCUUCAUCCUUACAGCAGCAUCAGCACCACCCUGACUCGGCCGCGCCUUCAUUACGGAGCCACAGCGCCCCCUGUCGAUGUGGAGACUGCCUGACGUCAUAGAUUCUCUCCCUCUCUAACUAGCUAGCUAGCUAGCUAGCUAAAGUCAAACAGUAAUAAAAAGACACGUGCUAGCUGGCCUCUCGAGGCAGCGAUCACUUUAACGGAAGUACCGGAAGAAGUUUAAAGAUGGCGGCGCAGGUAGAGUUGUUUUGCCUGGAGAGUUUCCCGUCUCGCUUCAGUCCACUUGAUCUUCUAGUGUCAAAGUCUCAACUGGGUUUACUUUUCCACAAUGACAACAACCCCUCGACCGUCGUCUUCACCCCGCGUCGGCCUUUCGGUGCCCGCAACUCCGCCAUUUUACUGCGCGUUCAGUCUCUCAGCGAGAAGGAAGCGGUGAGCUUCGGGGGCUCCGGAGUCCCACGAGGCCGAGUGAGGCUCUUCGCCAGCGGCUUAUUUCUGCGGCUCCACGGUCUCCAGGCGUCGGGGACCCGCGGCACGGUUCGGCAUGUGUUGCCUGUGAGUCUGGACAGUGUGGUACUGGGAACCCGUAGCGGUCACUCUCUGGACCGGGACAACGCCUCCAGGCUCAACGCUGACCUGCUGGAACUGUGUCGGCCAGGACGCUGUCUUCUGGCCCGGCAAGGAGAACCGCUGGUCGGAGAGGAGCCAGGACAGAUGUCAGACUUGGUGGUGUUGUCCUGCAGUCCGGUCAAGCAGGGUCGCAUCACCGCUGAUACCACGGUGGUUCUGGCGGACUGCAACGACUGGUCGGAUGUGCCACACUUGGCCCCGCCUCCCAAGACGCUCCAGCUGUGCGCCUCAGACUUUGCCCACGUUGCCGCCAGCCUGGGAAGCAGGUGGUCUCUCCUGGAGAAGCAUCUGAGCUCAGGAUCCCGUGGAGUCUGGCCGGAGCAGGAAUGGCGGCUGGACGUGACCGUGAUGGACACACAGAGAUGUUUGGAGGACGGUUUCCACGGUGACGUGGACGGAUGCCUGUUUGUGAACAGAUAUCUGCUUAUCAAGUUGGGACUGUUUGAUGGAGAGUGGGUCAAGCUGUGGUUAGCGGGCCGACCCGACAGAUGGCGAGCGGCUGUGGUGACGUCACUGGACGCAGCCGCAGGAGGCACGCCAAUCCAUCAUGGAGGUGCUGUCAUAUCAGAAACAUUUUGGUUCAACCUGACCGCAGGAGACGAGACGAAUGUGAGCUGCUGCAGCCUGAAAUUGAAGAGGUGGCGGCGACCACAAGAUGGCGUCGGUCGUUCUGACACCCGCUCGGCCAGGCCGCCAUUCGCCAGCGAGCUUCACGUCCAGCCGGUGGCGUCGCCGUUCUCCAGGCAGCCAUAUUGCUACGACGACGUGCUGUCUGCACACUUCAGCAGCAGCAGCAGACUGGUGUCGCCGGGAGACAUCCUUGUGGUUCCAACCCGAAACCAUCCAGACCUGCUGGAGAACCAGAACUCAGAUUCAUACCUGUUCAGCCCGGUGCUGUUCUUCAAAGUGCAGAAGGUGUGUCCUUCUACUGAGACAGAUGAAGAAGUGGGAGGAGCUUUCCUGGCCAAUAGACUGCACACAUCCCUCUUCAUGGGCUCACCUGUGAACAGCAUGGUGCCGUGUGGCGCUGUGGGACUAUGGAGCGGUCCACGUCCUGCGGGCCUGGACCAGACCGUGGACACCAUCGCCCGCAUCCUCCUCCCCCACCGCCACAGUCGCACUCUGCCGGCGUGCACGCUCCUUCUCCACGGCCCGGCAGGAUGCGGUAAAGCGACGGCGGUCAGCGCGGCAAGCUGCAGGCUCCACCUCCACCUGCUCAAGGUCGACUGUGUGACCGUGUGCGGCGACACGCCUGCCGCCACUGAGGUCAAACUGAUGUCACUCUUCCAGCGAGCCAACGCUGUGCAGCCCUGCGUUCUUCUGCUCAGGAACCUGCAGCUUCUUCUACGGCCUCGAGGGGGCACUGAUGAGGUCAGCCGGGUCCAGGCAGCAUUGGUCCAGAUGCUGAAGAGCGCCCCUGGCAGAGUCGCAUUGGUGGCAACGGUCUGCAAACCCCAGGAGCUGUCCGCUGGCGUUAUGGCGGCAUUUGUCCACCAGGUGGCAAUAGAGAGCCCCACCGAGGAGCAGCGUGACGCCAUGCUGGGCUCUCUGACUCGAGACCUUCACCUGGCGAGGGACGUCAGCCUGGAGAGACUCGCCAAAGUCACUGCCGGCUUUGUGUUGGGCGACUUGAGCGCCAUGUUGGCGGAGGCGGGCAGAGCAGCCUGCAGGCGACUUGUCUUCGCCUGCCCAGGUCGGCGGGAAGAGGAUUUGUGCUCCAGCGGUGUGACCAUCCAGAACCAGGACAUCCUCUCGGCGCUGCACACCAUUCAGGACAUCCAGUCCGAGGCCGUUGGCGCCCCGAAGAUUCCUAACGUGCGCUGGGAAGACGUGGGCGGCCUCCAGCAGGUAAAGAAGGACAUCCUGGACACAGUCCAACUUCCUCUGCAGCGUCCCGAGCUUUUGUCUCUCAACCUGAACCGAACCGGAAUUCUCCUCUACGGACCGCCGGGAACUGGAAAAACUCUACUGGCUAAGGCUGUGGCCACAGAGUGCUCCAUGACUUUCCUCAGUGUGAAAGGUCCAGAGCUCCUCAACAUGUACGUGGGUCAGAGUGAAGAGAACAUCAGGGAAGUGUUCAACAGAGCACGCUCGGCAGCGCCCUGUGUGGUCUUCUUCGAUGAGUUGGACUCUCUGGCGCCCAGCAGGGGGCGCAGUGGGGACUCCGGCGGUGUGAUGGACAGGGUGGUCUCCCAGCUGCUCGCGGAGCUCGACGCGCUGCCCGCUUCCGCCCGGGUUUUUGUGAUCGGCGCCACGAACCGUCCCGACUUGCUGGACCAAUCGCUGUUGCGGCCCGGAAGGUUUGACAAGCUCGUCUACGUCGGAAUUAACGAAGACCGAAGCUCGCAGCUCCAAGUUCUCCAGGCCGUCCUCAGAAACUUCCACCUGGCCCCCGAUGUCAACCUGCUUCAGGUGGUGGAGCGCUGCCCCGCCCACAUGAGCGGCGCCGACCUCUACGCUUUGUGUUCGGACGCCAUGACGGCCGCCAUCAAGAGAAAGAUAUCCCUCAUCAACCAGGGUCUUGACUCGGAGGACUCGCCGGUCCGCCUCUCCGUGGACGACUUCGCCGUGGCGCUGGACGGCUUCCACGCAUCGGUUUCACAAGAGGAACUGCUGAGAUACAAACACCUUCAACGCGCGCUGACCGCAGCCUCCACGCUGAAUGGCCGCUAACCAGCGUCAGAGACAACAUGGCCGCCAUGGUAAACAGCUCGUCUUUCAAUAUCUUGCAAAAGGACACAUCGAAGUUCGAACCCACAAACCUUCAGGUUGGUAGACGACCACUCUACCACCUCGCCAACAUGAUGUCAACUUUUGUAAAAAUGUACAAAACUGGCAAAUGUCAAUCAACAAAGAUCUAAAAAUACAUUUUCUUUUACCGUUUA